AUGGCACGGGGAACUCUGGAGGUUUUACUGGUGAACGCUGAGGAUCUGAGCGACAACGAUGUUUUCUGUAAGAUGAAUCCUUAUUGCAUUGUUAAAUGCAGAAACGAGGAGAAAAGGAGCAGCACUGCAUCCAACUUAUUAGAAGAUAUUGUUGCAGGAGGGGGCACAGAGCCAGUUUGGAACGAGGCAUUUAUUUUCGACAUAUCAGAAGGUGACUACGACGUUAACAUCAGAAUAAUAGACCAAGAUAAAUUCAGCUCUGAUGACUUUGUUGGAGAAGUAAAUAUUCCAUUGGAGGCAGUGUUUGAGAAUGGAAUCAUACCUCCUAGUCAGUACAGGGUUGUACUUAUGGACAAGACAUACUCUGGCCAGAUUAAAGUGGCCCUCAAAUUCACUCCCAAGGCUGUAGAUGUUUCUCAUCUUUAUCGUCUCUAA